CUCCCCUCCUGGGGGCUGGUUAUUUGUGAAUGCAAUCCGUGAGAAGGCGGAGUGAUCUCUUCUUGUCGAUUUCACUCUGUGAGGCGGCCCCGUAGCUGGUUAAUUUCACCCCCCCCCCCCUCAAAAUCCUCUCGUCAGUUUCACCCGCGCUGCAUCUCCCGGGCGAUGGCAAGCUGCAGGAAUGGCUAAAAGCUACCCGUUUUAUGCGGUCUUUUUACUCUUGAACGUCCACACCGGCGCCGCGUUGAAGUGCUUUUGUAAGGAUUGUUUGAAGACAAACCAAACUUGUGAGACAGAUGGGGCGUGCCUGGCCUCCCUCUCCCGAAUUGGGGGCGUUGAGCACGAGAUCAGAGUGUGCGUGCGGCCCCAAGACUUGGUUCCACCUAUCUACUGUCGGAAUAACAAAGAGUAUGUGACUACAAUCUGCUGUUACAAAGACUUCUGCAACAACCUGGAGCUACCUCCUCCAGAAGGUCCAACAGAUGAUGCAUUUGAUGGCUGGGGCCCAGUGGAGUUAGCUGCAGUAAUUGCUGGUCCAGUGUUUCUCCUGUGUGUGCUGUUGAUGGUGACGGUUUUCCUGUGCCACUACCAUCACCAGCGAGCCUACCAUGACCGCAACCAAUUGGAUAUGGAGGAGCCGUCCUGCGACCACAUGUACGUCUCUGAGGGGAAGUCGUUGAAGGACCUCAUGUUCGAUAUGACCACUUCAGGCUCAGGAUCUGGCUUGCCGUUGUUCGUGCGCCGGACCAUCGCCAGGACCAUUGUCCUCCAAGAAAUAAUCGGCAAAGGCCGCUUUGGCGAAGUGUGGCGUGGGAAAUGGCGAGGUGGAGACAUUGCCGUCAAAAUCUUCUCCUCCCGGGAAGAGCGCUCGUGGUUCAGGGAGGCAGAGAUCUACCAGACUGUCAUGUUACGCCAUGAAAAUAUUUUGGGAUUCAUCGCUGCAGACAAUAAAGAUAAUGGGACGUGGACUCAGCUGUGGUUGGUGUCUGACUACCAUGAGCACGGUUCCCUCUUCGACUACCUGAACAGGUAUACAGUCACUGUCGAUGGCCUGAUCAAGUUGGCGCUCUCUGCCGUCAGCGGGUUGGCGCACCUGCAUAUGGAGAUUGUGGGCACUCAGGGCAAGCCUGGCAUUGCCCACCGAGACCUGAAGAGCAAAAACAUCUUGGUGAAGAAGAAUGGCACAUGCGCGAUUGCUGACCUGGGCCUCGCUGUCAGGCAUGACUCGCUGACUGACACCAUCGACAUUGCCCCCAAUCAGAGAGUGGGCACAAAACGCUACAUGGCCCCUGAGGUACUGGACGAGACGAUCAAUAUGCAACACUUCGAUUCCUUCAAGUGCGCCGACAUUUACGCCCUGGGGCUGGUGUAUUGGGAGAUUGCUCGAAGAUGCUCUGCUGGAGGAAUCCAUGAGGAUUAUCAGCUGCCGUACUUUGACCUCGUGCCCUCUGACCCCUCCAUAGAGGAAAUGAGGAAGGUCGUUUGUGAACAGAACCUGAGGCCAAAUGUUCCCACUAUUUGGCAUACUAAUGAGGCAUUACGAGUCAUGACCAAGAUCAUGCGGGAGUGUUGGUACGCCAAUGGGGCUGCCAGGUUGACAGCUCUCCGCAUCAAGAAAGCAUUGUCACAGCUAAGCAUUCAAGAGGAUGUGAAGAUCUAAGUAAGGCGAGGGGGAGAGAGAGAGAAAAUGUGUCUGAACGAAGCAGGGAAGCAUGGCAUUGUGGACGCUAACCUACACCACCUGCCACUUUAGCUGCAGAGCAACGUCUACCUCAGUACACAAAGAGCCAAUCCUGCAGACGUGUUGACUGUUGUAUUUGGGGUAAAGGGG